AAAUUGAAAGAGCAACACUAUUACCUUAAAUUGCGAUACAUUAACUCCAUACUCUGCCCCAAUCUCUUAUAAUAAUCACGCCAUUAUUCUCGGCUUUUAACUCCUUUAUAAAUAUUCCCCUAACUCUCUCAUUUUCUAACACAACUAACAACAAUGUCUACUCUUUCAAUCUUCUUCCUCGUCUCUCUUCUAGCUCCUUGUCUCGUUUUGUCCUCCCCUCUUCAUGAUGCUGACCUAGUUGUACAAGAUGUGCACAGGAGAGUUAAUGAGUCCAGGAGAAAUUUAGGGUAUAUGUCGUGCGGAACAGGCAACCCGAUUGAUGAUUGCUGGCGGUGCGACGGAAACUGGGAAAGCAACCGUAAAAGACUGGCAGAUUGCGCUAUCGGGUUCGGUAAAGACGCCAUUGGUGGAAGAAACGGUAGGUUCUACAUGGUAACAGAUUCCGGCAACGACGACGCCGUAAAUCCGAGGCCAGGGACUCUACGACACGCGGUGAUUCAAGACGAGCCGUUAUGGAUAAUUUUCAAGAGAGACAUGGUGAUUCAAUUAAAGCAAGAGCUAGUAAUGAACUCCUACAAAACAAUCGACGGUAGAGGCGCUAGCGUUCACAUUGCUAACGGACCGUGCAUUACUAUUCAUUACGCUACAAAUAUUAUCAUCCAUGGAGUGAACAUUCAUGACUGUAAGCAAGGUGGGAAUGGUAACAUUCGAAACUCUCCCCAUCAUUCGGGAUGGUGGACUCAAUCGGACGGCGACGGGAUCUCCAUCUUUGCUAGUAAGCAUAUUUGGGUGGAUCAUUGUUCGUUGUCUAAUUGUCAUGAUGGACUAAUUGAUGCAAUUCAUGGAUCGACGGCUAUUACCAUAUCGAAUAGCUUCUUUACUCAUCAUGACAAGGUCAUGCUCUUGGGACAUAGUGACUCUUAUACUCAAGACAGGGACAUGCAAGUUACUAUUGCUUUUAAUCAUUUUGGCGAGGGGCUCGUGCAACGAAUGCCGAGGUGUAGGCAUGGAUAUUUUCAUGUGGUGAACAAUGACUACACACACUGGGAAAUGUACGCCAUAGGAGGCAGUGCUUCGCCCACAAUCAACAGCCAAGGUAACAGGUUUCUCGCACCCUCCGCGAGGGAAAAGAAAGAAGUAACGAAACACGAAGAUGCACCCGAAAGCGAAUGGAGACACUGGAACUGGAGAUCCGAAGGAGAUUUAUAUCUCAACGGUGCAUUCUUCAGGCAAUCAGGAGCCGGAGCUUCUUCGACAUUCGCUAGAGCUUCGAGCUUGAGUGCGAGACCUUCGUCGCUGGUUAAUUCUAUUACUAGAACUGCAGGUGCACUUUACUGCAGAAAAGGCGCUCAUUGCUAGUUUUUAUGAUUAUGCAGAAUUAAUGCUGCAGUUUUUGUGUUUCUUAAUUUAUGUUUGUGACUGUUUUUGUGGGUUUGACAACCUCUGUUUUAUUUAGCUUUGUAAACUUUAUGGAUUGGAUUAUAGAGGCAAUCCUUUGUUUGUUAAGAGAAGCAAGAGCAGAAGUGUUGAGUGUUUUUUAUUAGUUAAA